CCCAUUACUCGAAUGCAGCGUUUGUCCUCUGGUAUCUCCUCCGCCUGGAACCUUUCACUUCCCUACAUCGGGAAUUUCACUCGGGACAUUUCGAUUUGCCCGACCGGCAGUUCCGCUCCCUCCGCACCGCUUACCAGGGUUGUGUGACCAACCCCAACGACGUGAAGGAGCUCAUUCCGGA